CUUUCUCUUUAUAUAAAGAUCCCCUCUCUCUCUCCUCCACUUGUCCUCCACCGCCACCACCCAAGGAACGCCACGGCCACGGGCGCAGAGACAGAGCGCGUGUGUGUGAAUCAAGAGGAAGAAACCCGUGCGCCCGUGCGAAUUGUUGGAUCGAUCCGAUGGGGCGGCGGUCUAGCGCCUCACCGGUCGGGUCCGUGGAGCCGCUGCUGCCGGAGGUGUUCAAGGGCGGCGGCGGCGGCAGGGGGGCGGCGACGUUGCAGCGGUCCGUGUCGCGGGCGGACGACGAGCUGCAGUGGUUCCGGUCGUGCCUGCGGUGGGUGUGCAUGGACCACUCGGCCCCGGGCCGCGCCGCCAUGUCGUGGCUGCUCUUCCUGCUCCUCGGCGUCGUCGUCCCGGCCGUGGCGCACUUCCUCCUCGCCUUCCGGGCCUCAAGGCGGCCCUUCAACGCCGUCGUCCAGCUCUCGCUCUCCGCCGCCUCCGCCGCCAGCUUCCUCUGCCUCUCCUCCUCCUUCCGCCGCAUCGGCCUCCGCCGCCUGCUCUACCUCGACAAGCUCCGCACCAAGAGCGACCGCGUCAGGCUCAACUACACCACGCGCCUCUCCUUCUCCUUCCGCCUCCUCGCCUCCCUCGUCGCUCCUUGCUUCGCCGCCGAGGCCGCAUACAAGGCCUGGUGGUACGCAACCUCCGCCGACCGCGUCCCCUUCUUCGCCAACGACGUCCUCAGCGACGUCGUCGCCUGCUCCCUCGAGAUGGCCUCAUGGAUGUACCGCAGCGCCAUCUACCUCCUCACCUGCGUCCUCUUCCGCCUCAUCUGCCACCUCCAGGGGCUCAGGCUCGAGGACUUCGCCGGCUCGCUGCUCGUCGAGGUGGAGGAGGGGAGGAUCGGGGUGGAGCGCGUGCUCAGGGAGCACCUUGACAUCCGCAAGCAGCUCAAGGUCAUCAGCCACCGCUUCCGCAGGUUCAUCGUCGCCGCGCUGCUCAUCGGCACCGCCAGCCAGUUCGCCUCCGUGCUCCUCACCACGCGCCACGACUCCGUCGACGACCUCCUCAACACCAGUGAGCUCGCGCUAUGUUCAGUAGUUCUCAUGUCCGGGCUCAUCAUAAUCCUGAGCAGCGCUGCCAAGAUCACUCACCAGGCGCAGGCCCUCACCGGCCAGACCACCAAGUGGCACGCCUGCUGCACCAUCGAACCGGUCCCGGACGAAGAAGUGGAUCCCGGAUCCAACCAGAACUCCAUGCUGGAAGAGUACCCUGAGAGCGACAGUGACUGCGAAUCCAGCGAGGAGACUGGGGACGAGGACUUGCUGGAGAACACCAGGUUCAUGCUGCCGCACACAGUACACGUGAUCUCCUUCCAGAAGAGGCAGGCAUUAGUGACCUACCUGGAGAACAACAAGGCCGGCAUCACCGUGUUCGGGUUCACGCUGGAUCGGUCGUACCUCCACACGAUAUUCAUGCUCGAGUGGACGCUCUUCUUGUGGCUGCUGGGGAAGACAGUCGGUUUCUCGUGAAUUUGUCCUUUCCAGGUGGUUCGUUCGUUGGCUCGUUGCUCUUCACCCACACAUGUAUGGUUGCUCGAUUUGGUUGGCAAUUUUUUUUUUGCGGUUGCUCGAUUUGGUUGGCAUCCUGGAAGGUUGAGUUUCAGGAGAAGUUGGUGGCUUUUUUUUUGUGUGCGGGUGGCACGUGAGUGGUGUGCGCUUGUACGUGUAAGUAUGGGAUUUGUAUAUAUGACGACGGGUGUAAAUUAUGGGUUGAUUGCUCGUGACACCGCGAGGUGUAAACGGUGUAUGUAAAAUUGUACUUCUAGAUGAGUGUUUGUUUGUAGAGUCCCGUGCGUGCGUGCAGCUUGGUGUUGCAGGUUUAUAACCUCGAGUUGUAAGCCAACAAUAGUUGUAGAGCAAAUUUUACGAUGUUGAUUAAAGUUUUGUUUUGUUUCUCCUCGGCCACAUUGUUCUUUUUUAUAAAGGGUUUUUGUGUAUCUGUAACUCCUUUUGUAUGAUUUUUUUGUGUGCGGCGAAAUAGGUAAGAAUUGAUUGGGUUA